AUGUCUUUUGGAACCGAAUACGCUGAUAGUCCAUUGACUAAUAAGAAUAUCCGCAGGGCUCAGAAUUAUUCAUGGAAUUUUCGAGAAGGCAGAGAUGCCCAGAUUUCCCUCCUGAAGCAGCCGAAGAUCCAUAGUAAUGAAGUGAAAGGGUUUUCCAACCUCACUCGGUAUUGUCAAGACCCUCAGAAAGAGAUUUUUGGCAAGAAUUUCACCAAAUCUUGCACUUUGAAGUUAGAUAAACCAAAGACUAAGUAAACAAAGAAUCUUGGUGAAGGAAAUGACUAAAAAUUCUACGAGAAUUCUUAAGAAGCAUUCUAUCAUCAACCUUAUCAGAAAGGGCCUGAAGGAGACAAAACCAACACAGUCAAUGAAGCCGGUUAGGAGUGGUAGGACCAGUGGGUUCUGAGUCAAGCCUAACCCAGCAUCUUGCUUAAUGCCAGCUAGGAACAACAGGACAGCAAUUAUAUCAAAACGGAAUAUGAAUAAAUACGUUAAUUCUUCAUAUUCUCAUUUAAACCCAAGCCAAGAGGGGAUUUCUGGAGAGGUAUCUUCCUUCAUCACCCGUCCCCAUACCUCAUUACAGCCUAAAAAGUUUGAUUGUGACCAGUUGGCUCACAAAAAUCUCCCAAGGAAUAGUUCUAAUUUUUCACAAAAGAGGGAAGGAGAGUAUCCUUCAGAGUCAUAUUAUCCUCAAAGGAGCUCUUCCUUAAGAAGUUCAAAAAAAUUUGCUACCAAAAAGGGGAUUUUUAAAAAUAGUCCCAAGGAUGAGGUCCUUUAUGAUAAUACUUCAGAAUUGAUUAUUCGUCCAACUAAUUCGCUAAACCGGAGCCUAGCUGCACUCCCAAGUGGUCUUUCUGGCUGGCGUGAUGGUACUAAACCUAGCUCAAGUUUAGGCAAAUCUAUUAAUAAUUUACGCAAAUCUGUGGCAGACAAAGAGCCAGACGUCCAGAUUAAUUUUAAGUUCCUCUGGAAACUUCCUGAAGGCCUUUUCAAGCCAAAAUCAAAUCCACAAAAUCAGUUGAGAAGGCAAAAGUGUCUUCGAACUUCUAAGAAUAUCGUCAAAGGGCUGUCAAAACCAGGAAUCUCUGUACCAAAAGUGACUUAUGCUUCGAAGAAGGGAUGCAAGAUUCACGGAGUUGGGAUAUCUCUUAGCCCAGCUCUGUAUGGAUAAUCCAUCCUGUGCUUAUUUCAAC